AUGGCCAACAACAGUUCAACUCCCACCGACGCAUCCGGUAAGAAGGUUAGGAAACCUUAUACAAUAACAAAAUCAAGAGAAAGCUGGACUGAAGAAGAACAUGACAAGUUCCUUGAAGCUCUUCAACUGUUCGACCGUGAUUGGAAGAAAAUUGAGGAUUUCGUAGGCUCAAAGACAGUAAUUCAGAUUCGCAGUCAUGCCCAAAAAUACUUCUUGAAGGUCCAGAAGAAUGGUUCAAUAGCACACGUGCCACCACCUCGGCCCAAGCGUAAAGCAGCUCAUCCAUAUCCACAGAAGGCACCAAAAAAUGUAUUGGUACCGUUGCAAGCAUCUAUGGGUUACCCUUCUUCAAUGAAUUCCCUUCCACCUGGAUAUCCAUCAUGGGAUGACACUUCUGUACUUAUAAACUCUCCAACAGGCGGAGUAAUGUCAUCACAGGACGAAUACCAUCUUCAAAGAAUUCAGGCUGAUAUUGGAUCAAAGGGAGCUACAUUGAUUGGUAACAGCAGCAUCAGUGGCAUUAGAAGUUCCAACAGAGCGGCACCGAAUUCUGAACUACCAGAGCAGAGCAAACUAGGUUCUGUUCCUCACGGCAUACCCGACUUUGCAGAAGUUUAUAACUUUAUUGGGAGUGUCUUUGACCCGGACACUAGAGGUCAUGUACAGAAACUGAAGGAGAUGGACCCUAUUAAUUUUGAAACUGUUUUGUUGUUGAUGCGAAACCUUACAAUGAACUUGGCUAGUCCUGACUUUGAGCCCAUUAAAAAUGUAUUGUCAACGUAUGAUCUCAAUACAAAAGUUGUGGGUCUUCCUACAGGUGGUGCUGUCAGUAACCACAAUGAUCUAUCAUGUCAGACAAUAUGAUAGAAACUAUAAUCAUUAUAUAUAUUUGUUGGUAGGACUCUCCAAUGGUGCAUAUCUGUGCUCUUUGCUUUAAGAGCGGGAAAAAUUCUUCAUCUCUUUGGAAUGAGUCUCAGAGUCGUGGCACGGAUAAGAGCAUCUUCCUCUGCUUUCUUCUUGAUGCUCAGUGGUCGCUGAAGAUGUUUCUUUUUAAAGUCGACCUUCUCUUGGUGAGAAGUGUGCCUAAACCUUGGCUGCUCUGGUUUUCUUUUUCUGCCUUGAAAUGUAUAUCCCCUCAAUUUUGUGUAGUGUAGUAUUUGGAGUUUGUAAAACUUGUAGCUUUAGUAGGAAUAAUAAGAAGGAAAAUAUUCUUUGUACCUUAUUGCCUUUUGAAGUAUGGAUUCAGGACAACGCACUGAGGCUGUGCAUAUGAUAAAUGGCCAAACUGUUGCAUUAUGAGAUUCAAGUCUAGCUAUUAUUAGUCUUUUUGUUUGUUGUGUGCUAGCAUUGGUAUUUGUGAACCUCUUUCACCGAAAAAUGAAUUGUAUAUAUAAUUUUAGUAUUA